AUGUAUAGGAUAUUCGGUAUCAUGGGCCCGCUUUUCAACUUACUAGAUGCUUCUUUUGGUGUUAAAAUCUCGCAAGAAGCACGCAGGAAUCUCAAUAUUCCAUUGCCUAAGCUCACUCAAAAGCUAAACUCUUCAAAGCAACACUCUAAACCCAAACAUCCAAUGUCUCUUAGACCUCCACCCAGCAGUCUUCACCCGCGAACCCUCCAACUACCCUCGCGAAGCCUCUACCCUCUGCGUGAGCCCCCAGACUUCGGCGACCUUGGUCUUUUCUUGAUACCGCGCUCAACCCUGCCCAAUACCUCAUCCACACACAAGCGAAAUAAUCAGAGCGCACUCCUCCCAGUAUACCCACCCCGACUUCCGAGAAAAAGUACCACGAGGCUUGAAUAUUCUUGUUGCAAGAAAGGCGUUCGGAUGUGGUUUGCUUCGACAAGAAGCUGCAGGGCUUCCAACGGGCCGUACUACGGUCCGUACAAAGUGAACCGUAACGGUCACGUGUUCAGUACGAACGUACUGAGUUCUUACGAUACGUACACCUACCUCUCCUCCUCCCUGUCGUACGAACGUACACAAAAUCUCACCCGUACAGGCCUUAAAAUCGCCCAAUUGUACAGUACUACGCCUCGAUUGAACAUCUCUAUCGGCCUGAAAUCUAGCAAGCUUAAAGUAGAGGAUAGAGAUCAUAGUUUCGAGUUCAGCGAAUUAGAGAGGAAGUUUAUAGAGUUGAGUAAAAUUACGCAGGCUUUGCUCAAGAAUUGUAAAGAGCUGUUCCAGGCGAGGUGUAAACUGAGUAGUAUCAAGUCGCCAUUGGAACGAAAACGUCGGGGCUACAAUGGUAAGAGUCAGGUGGAAUUCCUCCCUGCUGUUGAAGUCAUUGAUGCUAUAUUUGGCUGGAUGGUCUUCCAGUCCUCCACUUCACAGUGGUUGAUUGAAGUUGAACCCAAUGCUCUCUGA